UCCAUCUAUUUCAAUUCUAGACAAGUAUGAGUGAAUUCGCGCAGUAAAGCCAUGAAGAAUCGAUGCUGCUGCGCACGGAGCCCUCCUUCUGCAUAUACACUGACGACGAGUUCGGCCAACAUGUCGGAAAUGUGGAGGCGGUUAGAGAAAAGAUUGAGAGUACUGCUACGAUUGGGGAAAACGCGGAUGCUGAGUUCAGUUUUGGGGAAAAUGGGAUGAGGGUGAUUCAAGAAGUUGAGGAUGAAGACGAACAAGAGGAGGGAAAGGCACCGAGUAGAUUCAAAAAUCUCAAGAUUGAAACCGGAGGAGACCAAACUAUCCCUUCUAUUUUUCUGGUGGAAGGGGGAGGUGGCGAUGCCGAUGCGGCCGCUCUCACAAAGUGGAGAAAUCAUGCUGAAUAUUUGGAGUCCACUGGAGACCUAUGUGGUGCUGAGGAAUACUAUUUUCGAGCUACAGAGGCAGAUCCUGAAGAUGGUGAACUGCUGUCUCAAUACGCCAAGUUGGUAUGGCAGCUCCGUGGUGACCAAGCUAAAGCCUUACGUUAUUUUGAAAAAGCAGUUGAGGCUGCUCCUGCGAAUAGUGAUGUCCUUGCUACAUAUGCAAGUUUCUUGUGGAAUGUAGGAGAAAGUGAGGGGGAAGAGCAUUUGGCUGAUGACACCCAGGUCAAUGAGAAUCUUGUUAUGGUGGAUUCAUUUGGAGGAGCCGCCUACCACCAUCACCAAUUCGGCCAACCUCAUCCGCGCCCCGAAACAGACCCAUAUCAGUGGUCAUCGUUGUACGUCGCCCCAACUACUGAAUAUGGACAGCCACAACCACCGCCCUUCUCCGACAGACCAGACCCAUCCUAUGGGCUGCCAUGGUUUGGCUCUCGAGACGAGCAGCCACCAUACACUGCAGCGAAGACCACCGCUGCCGCGAUCCACGUUCGCUGGUCAGGAUCUGUACCGCCGUGUACAGUGGCAGCCGCCCGACCAUGUACAGUGGCGGCCGCCAUGCCAGACCCACCCACAACAAAUCCACUAAUACCAGCCGUCGUUGUUAUAUCCGCAACCUCCCGAUCAACCGGACUAGCAAUGUCUCCCAACGACCAACGAUGUCGGCCAUAUGGAGCCUCUCAACAUGCCACGUGAUCCAGUGAUGCCGGAUUCUGAACCGAACCUAACGGUGGCUGCCUUGGCUUCACAGCUCGAACGUAUGACUGCUACUAUCAAGCAAUUGAUGUCUCGGAUGGAUGCAAACAAACGCUGCCUGGGCGAUCCACACGCCGCGACGCGACCUCCACCAGACCCUACAACCAGUGUCAUGUACACGGAGCCGGUAUCGUGUCCCCUACCAUAGAUGACCGCCGCCGCCCCAUCUGAUCUCCAUCACGAUCCAUCUAGAUGCUCGCUGCUUGUUGUCGUUGCUAUCCCGCCUCCACCAGCGACAAUAUCUCUGUCGUGCAACUCCAAUUUCGGGUAUGACUCAAUGGAAUUAAUUGUCGUUGAUAAUGAUGAAGAGGAAAAAGAUGUUAUUCAUUCUAGUGUUGAUGUUAGUGGACCAAUUUAUGGUAGUAAAGAUGGCAUAGAUGAUCCAUGUAAUGUUGUUUUUACUUGCCGAGAACCUAUACAUG